AUGGCGCGGCUGCUACGUGCGAACAGGUUGACGCGUGUCUGCUUCAAAAAGGCACGUAAAGGUGUCGGGAGUUCGUGUGGCGACCGUCAGGCGCUAAAGCGGCUCGGAAGCGAGACGAGGCUGAAGGCCAAGCGUCCCGCCGCCGCUACCGGGGGACGCCUCCCUUCUCCGCCCUCGGGGGACUCCCACCGCCACCCCCACCCCCGGCAGGUGCCCCGAAGCCCGCCCAGCGGUUUCCUCCACUCCGGCAGCCGCCCCCCCGGCUUACCUUCCCCUGCAGGCCCCGGCCCAGCGGCGGAUGAAGCGGAGGCGGCUGGGCGAUGGCGCCGCCUCAAAGCACAGGAUGAUCAGAGGAAUGGGGAGGGUGAGGAACUUCAUCAGCAAAUGCCAGAUAGAAUUAAAAAUGAAAUCUUGAAAGAAAACAUCACGAUUCGAAGCAGACCUACGAGAAAGAAAGGCAGCCAUAUGGUUGAGAAGCGAGAUGGAGAAAGUGGGAACCUUCAGCUUCACCGAACAACCCACACAGGGGAGAAAUCUUUUGAAUGCCCAGAGUGUGGAAAGAAAUUCACUUGGCGUAUCGCUCUUCGGAUACACCAAAGAACCCACAUAGGGGAGGCACAUUUUGAAUGCUCUGACAGUGGAAAGAAUUUCAGUCAGAGUGACCACCUGCAACAGGAUCUACAAACACACACAGGAGAGAAACCUUUUGAAUGCUCAGAGUGUGGAAAGAGAUUCAGAUUCACUGGCCAUCUUCAAGAGCAUCUAAGAACCCAUACAGGGGAGAAACCUUUUGAAUGCUCAGAUUGUGGAAAAAGAUUCAGUCAGAAUGGCCAUCUGCAACAGCAUCUGACAAUCCACACAGGGGAGAAACCUUUUGAAUGUUCAGAAUGUAAGAAGAGAUUCAGCCGGAGUGGCACUCUUCAAGAUCAUCUAAGAACCCACACAGGGGAGAAACCUUUUGAAUGCUCAGAGUGUGGAAAGAGAUUCAGUCACAGUGGCACUCUUCAGAAUCACCAAAGAACCCACACAGGGGAGAAACCUUUUGAAUGCUCAGUGUGUGGAAAUAGAUUCAAUCGGAGUCGCAAUCUUCAACGGCAUCUAAGAACCCACACAGGGGAGAAACCCUUUGAAUGCUCAGAGUGUGGAAAGAAAUUCACUUGGAGCGCCACUCUUCAGAAGCACCGAAGAACCCACACAGGGGAGAAACCUUUUGAAUGCUCAGAGUGUGGAAAGCGAUUCUGCCAGAGUGGCCAUCUGCAACAUCAUCUAAGAACCCACACGGGGGAGAAACCUUUUGAAUGCUUGGAAUGUGGAAAGAGAUUCAGUGAGAGGGGCAGUCUUCAAGAGCAUCAGAGAACCCACACAGGGGAGAAACCUUUUGAAUGCUUGGAGUGUGGAAAGAAAUUCACUUGGCGUGCCGCUCUUCGGAUGCACCAAAGAACCCACACAGGGGAAAAACAUUUUGAGUGUUCAGAGUGUGGAAAGAAAUUCAGUCAGAGUGGCCAUCUGCAACAGCAUCUACGAACCCACACAGGGGAGAAACCUUUUGAAUGCUCAGUGUGUGGGAAAAGAUUUAGUCAGAAUGCCACUUUUCAACUGCAUCAAAGAGCCCACACAGGGGAGAAACUUUUUGAAUGCUCAGAGUGUGGAAAGAGAUUCAGUCAGAGUGGCAAUCUGGAACGGCAUCUAAGAACCCACACAGGGGAGAAACCUUUUGAAUGCUCAGAGUGUGGAAAGAGAUUCAGGUUGAGUCACACUCUUCAGCGGCACCAAAGAACCCACACAGGGGAGAAACCUUUUGAAUGCUCUGAGUGUGGAAAGAGAUUCAGUCAGAGUGGCCAUCUGGAACAGCAUGUAAGAACCCACACAGGGGAAAAACCUUUUGAAUGCUCAGAGUGUGGAAAGAGAUUCAGUCGGAGUGACACUCUUAAACAGCAUCAAAGAACCCACAUAGGGGAGAAACCUUUUGAAUGCUCAGAGUGUGGAAAGAAAUUCACUUGGCGUGCCGCUCUUCGGAUGCACCAAAGAACCCAUACGGGG